AUGGUCUCUCUCAAGGCUUGUGUCGUAGCCUAUGGCUUCACGCUCCUGCCGGCUCUCGUGAGCGGCUCUCCUCUCGUGCCUCGUUAUUUCCAGAAGCACUUGGUCUCGCGGUGCAACAUAUCCGCCAUCACAGUCCAGUCUGAGCUCGGCCCGCAGCUUUCCAACACUUCCCUGAUUUUCGGACCUGAUAACGUCCUGUUCCCCAACGCGACUGAGAGAUGGAAUACUCUGGAUACGCCUGAUGUUCAGCUCGUUGUGCAGCCAGCAGCCGAGUCUGACAUCUCAAAAAUCGUCAAGUACUGCAACGACAAUAGCAUCGAGUUUCUCGUGAGGAACCGUGGCCACGGAACAACAACUUCCUUGUCAGCCUUUUCGGGAAUAGAGAUCAAUGUGGAACUGCUUCAGGGUAUUACUAUUCAGCCAGAUGGGGAAACCGCUAUCUUCCAGGCCGGAACAUAUGGUGCUGAGGUUAUCAACACACUUUGGGACCAGGGUUACGUCACAACCACUGGAUCUACGGCAUGUGUUGGUUUGACUGGUCCAUCACUAGGUGGUGGUCACUCGCGCUACGAGGGUCUCUACGGUCUAGUCAUGGACAAUAUCGUACACUACAACAUCGUCCUCGCAAACGGCACGGAGAUUGGUGUCAAUGAAACGAGCCACCCGGAUCUUAUGUGGGCCCUGAAGGGAGCUGGCCACAACUUUGCCAUUGUUACCAGUCUUGAGAAGAAGAUCUAUCCUGGAGAGAACUGGCACCAGCACACCUAUACCUGGACACAGGAUAAGCUGGAGACUGUCUUUGAGGCUCUGAACACGUUCCACAAGAGCUACAAUGGUACUACUCCUCCUAAGAUGGGUGUCAACUACGGAGCCAUCAUCAUGAACACAUCCUACAGUACAACUGAGGCCGUCAUGGAGUGGGGCUUCCAGUACGCCGGCCCUGGCGAUGAGGCGGAAGCGCUCCUCGCACCCUUCAAUGCCAUCGGUGCUAUUGCUGAAGAUCAGUUUGAUGCUUCGUACCCCACCAUUGCUGGUACCACCAGCGAGACUUGCGGCUCCGCCAAGCGCGCCAUCUCCAGCGCCAUGACACUCGACUACAAUAUCACAACGGAACGUGCGCUAUACGAUCACUUCGUAGCCAAGGUGGCUGAAUACCCCGACCUUGCUGCUACCGCCUACCUCUGGCACGAAGGCUACUCAACUGAGGGAUACCAGAUUAUCCCCGAGGACUCCACCGCUUACCCUCACCGAGAGGAGAACCAUCUAAUGGUCUUUUUCACCGAAGUUCCCGAGGACUCCGAUCUGCUCGAACCGGCACUUGAUUGGGCCAAGGAAGCAAUGGAUCUCUGGAACGGUGGCCAGCCCGAUCGCCUGCCAAGCACAUACGUGAACUACGCCCAGGGUGCUGAUUACGAAACACUCGAGUCUGUCUAUGGCUACGAAUCAUGGCGCUUGGAGAGACUGCGCUCACUCAAGGCUGAAUACGAUCCGGAGAACCGCUUCCGCUACUUUGUUCCUAUCAUUUCUGAUGAAGCCUAG